AUCGGGCACUGCUCGGGCUCGGUGAUCCUGGAGGGUUUUUCCAGCCUCAGCCAUCCUGAGAUUCUGUUUGACAGAAAUAAAGUGUGCUGAGCAUCUCCGACAUUAGCAAAAAUUACUCAUUCUGCUUUGGUGAACAAUGAAGGUUCUGCUGCUGAAGGAUCCCAAAGACAAAGAUUCAGGACCAGAUCCAUAUAUUAAAGAAUUAGGAUCAUACAGCUUGGAAGCAACGUUGAUCCCAGUUUUGUCAUUUGAAUUCACCUCUCUUGACAGCUUAUUUGAGAAGCUUUCCCAUCCAGAGUGCUAUGGAGGCCUAGUUUUUACAAGCCCAAGAGCAUUAGAAGCCAUCAAGAGAAGAGUAAAAAAGAAGGUAACCUGGUCAAAAUCUCUUAAACAAAUGUGGAAUAUCAAACCAACAUAUGUGGUAGGAAAAGCUACAGCUUCUUUAGUGGAAGAAAUUGGUCUUAAUCCACAAGGAGAAAAGGCUGGAAAUGCUGAGAAAUUAGCUGAAUAUAUUUGUUCAAGAGAGAAACCCAAUUCCUCAGCUCUCCUAUUUCCUUGUGGAGCCCUGAAAAGAGAAGUACUUCCUACAGUGCUUAGAGAAAAAGGCAUACCCCUGGAAAGCCUCACUGUUUAUCAAACAACCCAGCACCCUGAUCUGCAGGAAUCUUUGAGCAGUUACUUCUCCCAACAGGGGAUCCCUGCGAGCGUCGCCUUCUUCAGCCCAUCCGGCGUCAAAUUCUGCCUCCAGCACAUCCAGAAGCUUUCAGGGGAUUUGAUCAACCAAGUCAAGUUCGCUGCCAUCGGGCCCAGCACAGCAGAGGCCCUGCAGGGCGCCGGCAUCGCCGUGAGCUGCACUGCACGGAGCCCCACGCCGCAGGACCUGGCUGCUGCCAUCCACACAGCCCUGCACCCACGCAACUGCUCUGUGCCCCACUGAGAGCCCAGCACGGCCGACGCGGGGCUCCAGGAUUUUUGCAGACCUGUUGUCCUGCAAGAAGGUGGUUUUUUUUGGGAUUAUGAAGGACUGUCCUGGUCGGGAAUGGGUGUGAGAAGGUUGCAUCGAAAUAUCUUAAGAAAUCUGGAAUCUGUGCAGCAUCCUUAAAGCAUCCAGCUAUUCCCUUUCCUCCUGUGUGCACUGUGAAUAUUUUAUCCUUGAAAAGCAGCUGUGAACACUGAGACACUGAAAUCAGCCCCUCACCUCAGGUAUCCCCCAGCACACAGCUCAGGUUGGAGCUGCUCUGUAUGAUCAGUUUUACUUGCACAUCUUUUGUAGGAAAAGCCCCCGUAUUCCAAUGAAGUAUUUUCUGUUGUGAACUUGUUUGUUGUUCUGCUUUUUAAAUAUUUGUAUACAAAUGAUAAUUGCAGAUUCUGAGUGGAACAGGAGAAUUCUUGCAGUGAAGUUGCUCUGUGUGGGGUUAAUUAAGGUCAUCUGUUGCCCCUUGUUACCCUGAGAGAGUCUUAAAAAUGAGGUUUUGGUUUCUGUUCCUGUAAAGGAGGAUUUAUUAACAGAAAUAAACUGGCUUACCAGAGUUAA